AGCAGAGAAAUCUGCCCUUAGAUUUUCCUCAGCGCGAAAAAUAGCCGCUGGCACGCGGAGAGAGAUGAGUCGCACGCAGGAGAGGGGAGCAGGUGCGGCAAGCAGGUGAAACUUGAUGAAGUCCAGCAAAGUCAGGCAAAUAGAGCAAUAAAGAAGCCUCCUGUAGCCGGCGAUUCAGGAAGAAAAAUAAAAAGGAAGGCAGUGAUGCGGAAGCGUGUAAGAUUGGGGAAACGAAGGGCGGUGAGUCAUGAUGAUUUUCGAAUAUCCAACCCCCUUCUGCCUAUAUAAGAACAACAAAGCAUUUUGAUGGGGGUUCUGAACGGUGAGAACUCAAGACAGAUUCAGGGAGAGUUGAAGAGAGGUCAAGUUUGAAGAGAGACCCGAGUUUGGAGAGGGAAAGAGAUCUGAGUUCGAAAGAGAGAACAAAGAAUAAGAGUAGAGGAUGUUGCGCGAUUGAGGCAUUAGGAGGGAGAGGCGAUUAGACAUUGAGGGCUAGAGGAGAGCGAUUCGACAUUUACAGAAGCAGAGCACGCAGCUGAAGAGGUAGACCGGAUAUUCAAAGGAGAGAGGACUGAUUGAAGGCGCACAUCUCUGUUAAAAGAUUUUGCUCUGCUAUUGAUUUUCUUUUUAAACAAGCAAAAAAAGAUGUGUGAAGCCAACAAAAAAGAGAGUUGAGAUAGAUAUGAUCUCUAUGCAAGUGGUGUCUUCCUCAAGAUUAGUUCGGGAGGCUGAUGCAGUGACCUAGCUGUUCCAAAGUGCACCUUGGCUUCUUCUCCAACUCUGUCUAUGGUUCCUGUUUGAUCCUCAACAAGUGAAAUCGGAGAAGCUGGUUCCUUUGCUUCUUCUUUCUUCCUUCUUCGAUUGAUAACUGUGAAUUCCCAACUUCAAUGCUCAGAAACAUGAUGCUAAUACCCCUGAAAGAUGUGACCAGAUCACGAACUCUUCUCUCCUCAAUCCUCACACUCUGUCACCCUUUAUCUGCUUCCAUUACUACUUCUCUUUGUUGUACUUGCUCUUAUUCUUCUCCUUUUUCUGGUUUUGAGAGUCCAUGCAAUUUUGGACCAUUCUACAAUAAUAUCAAGAAUCGACCAGUGGACAUUGCGGGUUCCUUCAAGAAUUGGUUCAAGAGCGGGAACAAUGAGGUACUGGCUAGAAUCUAUGAAAUCCUGAAUGCUCGGGGUAAUGAAGAAGACAGUGGUGAUUUAACACUUCAUGCCACUGACUUGGCUCUUAAACAGUUGGGUCUUCCACUGACGGAAAGCUUUGUCUUGGAGGUUCUUGCCUAUGGUAGGGACGUUUUGUCUUGCCUCAAGUUCUUUGAUUGGGCUGGACGUCAACCUGGGUUCUUCCAUACCCGUGCCACCUAUACUGCCAUUUUUAAGAUUCUCUCGAAGGCUAAGCUCAUGUCAGUGAUGUUUGAAUUCCUUGAGACGCAUGAGAAGCAAAGGCUCCAUCAGAGAGCAAGAUUUUAUGAUACUUUGAUUAUAGGUUAUGCAGUUGCUCGAAAGCCAGAUAGAGCCCUUAAUCUAUUUGGUAGAAUGCGGUUCCAAGGACUGGACCUGAAUAGUUUUGGAUAUCACGUCUUGUUGAACUCCUUAGCAGAGAAUAAUUCUUAUGGUGGGUUUGAAACUAUUUUGGAAGAGAUUCGAUUGCGAGGUCACGAGAAUCAGAUUACACAUUCCUUAGUAAUGAAAUACUACUGUCUGCGGAUGCGGUUAUAUGAGGCAGAAGAAUAUCUUAAUUCACUGAUGCAUAGUGGGAAAGUUUUGCUUGGGCCUGAGGUGAGGGUUCUUCUUGGUACACUGUAUGAGAAUAAUAUGUUUGAACGGGCUGAAAAAUUGAUUCAGGAAUUUGGGAACUCAGGUUUGGUUUCGAAUGAGACUGCUAUUGGUGAGUGGAUAUGUCAUCUUGUUCGGGCUGGAAGAUUGGAUGAGGCUUUGGCAUUUUUCCAAGAUAAGCAAUCUUCAGAGGGUUAUAUUCCUGGCUUGUUCCAAUAUAACAUUUUAAUAAGCAGGCUCUUGAAGAAGAACCAACUCCAUGAUGUGUAUGAUUUGUUAAUGGAAAUGAAGGACAAUCACAUUACCCCGGAUAUGAUUACCAUGAAUAUUGUUUUGUGCUUCUUUUGUAAAGCAGGAAUGGUAGAUGUUGCACUUGAAUUGUACAAUUCAAGAUGUCAGUUUGGACUCUCUCCAAGUCUAUGGGCUUACAACCGUUUGAUUUGUGCCUUAUGUGGGGCUGGGAGUGUUGACGAAGCAUAUGGUAUUUUCAAAAAAUUAGUUGAUGAAGGUUAUUUUCUUAAUAGAAAAACCUUUUAUGUAGUUGCCAAUGCAUUAUUUAGAGAGUCUAAGGUUGAUGAGAUGGAGGAGUUGCUAAUUCUUGCCUUGGAGAGGAAUUUUUUGCCUAGUGCUUCUACAUAUAACAAGUUGAUAUCGGCUCUAUGCCAGGUAGGCCGUUUACAAGAUGGCUAUUUAAUACAUGGACAAAUGAACAACAUAGCUACUCAAAAGGCUUACAUUAGAUUGAUUACCGGUUUCUCUAAGUCAAAUAGGGGAGAUAUUGCUGCUCGGCUUCUUGUUGAAAUGCGACAGAAGGGUUUUGUCCCAUCAGAUGCAGUAUAUACAGUUGUUCUCCGUUCUUUACUUAAAGGGGAUAAUCCAAACACUUAUUUUCUUAGUUUAUUAGAAACAUUGGCUGGUUGUGGAAAGCUAAAAGAGAUUUGUAGACUUUUUAGUGAUGAAGCUGCUGUGGCCAAGAAGCCUGAGCUGGUCAUGGAAGUACUAAAGCUUAAGCAAAGAUAUGGCAUUAGUCUGAAUUUGGAUUCUUACAUGCUUAUGUUGCGGACUUAUUUAAGAAGUGAUAGAAUGUUGGACGCUUUAAAUUUGUUUAAUGAUUUGAGGAGACAUGGUGUCCAGAAUAGAAGAUUAUAUAAUAACCUUAUUAUUGGUCUCUGCAGGUUCAAGAGAACAGACAUGGCACUUAAGUUAUUGUCAGAAAUGAUGAUUGAUAAAUUGACUCCAAGUGUUGGUUGCUAUGAAAAUCUUGUUCAGAGUCUUUGCCGGGAGAAAAGAUAUUCUGAAGCUAUAAAUCUUGUUAAUGACUAUGAGAAAAUGGGACGUUGCUUAACCUCUUCUAUGGGUAAUGAACUUCUACGGCAUUCUUUGCGAGCACCAGAAAUCUAUGAUAUUUGUGUUCGUUUGAGAGGAGUCAGAGAGGAGGAGUUUUCUGGCAGCUCAAUGCUUAGCCUCAUAAUUGGUGUAUUUUCUGGUCGUCUUAGAGUAAACCUCCAUUCAGAGAACUUGGAAGAACUGAUAGAGAAGUGCUUUCCACUUGACAGAUACACCUACAAUCUGUUGUUGCAAAGAGCUAGCUGGAGUGAGAUUGACCAUGUUUGUGAGUUGUUUGAUCGGAUGUGUCAUAAGGGUCAUUGUCCUAAUCAGUUCACUUAUAACAUCAUGUUACGUGCUUUCUUAAAGCAUGGGAGGAAGGAAGAGGCUAAGCUGUGGUUUGAAGAAAUGCUCAGAAAUGGGUUUCGUCCGGCAAUUGAUACUAGAGUUUUUUUAUUGUAAGGGGUAUCAAUUAGAGUGAUUGAUCAGUUCUUCUGUUAAAGAUGCAAAAUAAUCCACACAACUUUGGUAAGGAUGUCAUGUAUUCUUGAAACAAAUUGAUUACAUUGGAUGCAGCGGUCUUAAUUUAUGAUUUAUUCUGAGUCAUCUAAAAUCAUGUGAUGCAUCUUUUAAUUGCCCCUUUCCUUUGGAGACAUUUGUUAGGAAUGAAAUUUGACUGCAACAUGUAAUCUCUCAAACUAUUUUCCCUUCAAAACCAUCCCAAUACAAUUGCACAGGCCAAUUUCAAAUGCAACCAUCACUAUGAUUAUAAUCAUGAUCGGCUCAAGUUAGGUUGAAUUGAACCAGAUUGGUAGCAUUCCUCUUCUACACAUGAUGACGACACAUGUCAUUUUCCUGGUAUUAUAUUUAACGGUGAAUGUUUAUGAUUGGCGUUCACAAACAAUUAAUUCUAGAAAAUUGUUGCAAGCAAAUGCUAACUUGGUUUUAAAUUAACUUUGGACAUGGAAGCUGUCUUCAAUUUUCUCUCUCUAUUAAUAUCCUUGUGGAGAAUCAAUUUGCUUUGCACACUGCUUGACCAUGAAUACUUUAUCGAUUUAUUUUUUUUUAUGUUUCCAAAUUAUGAAUAUAAAUGUUAAUUUUAUUUUAUUUUAUAUAUUUGAUUGAUGGUGAUCGCAGUAUUUCUGCAAAUGAGUAUCCCUUAUAAAAGAGUGGCAUAAGGAUUUACUCUUCAAUUCUCUCUCUCUCUCUCUCUCUCUCUCUCUCCAUAGCUUUUUUUCCCGCCGGUAAACUGCUGCUCUUUGUGAAUGCAUCUCUGGCCUCAUUUAUUUGAUGGUUUUAAAUUAUGAUCCACUGCUGUAUUUUUUCUGUGCUGAUGAGUGUGGAUGGAAAUCUUUUGGUUUGCCCAUUUCAAGAAAGGUUCCGAUAUAAAGAGUUCAGAAAUCUUUAGAAACAAUUAAAGGCAUUCUCUUGUUUUGAUUGUUUCUUUAUUUUCAUGGAAAUUUCUAUGAAGUUAUUAAGAAUUUUAGCUGUUAUCCACCAACAGAGGUUGUGUGCAAUCUGAUGUUUAGAUCAAACGCUCGAAAUAUAGUUGUUGCUUCCUUUGCCUAUGGAAUUGAAAGGUAGAUCAGGUAACACUAGGUUUGGAUAUGGCUCAAUUUGCCCUAGGUGUUUUUUUUUUGUUUUUUAUAAUAAUUGAAAUUGACGGAGAUGGAGUUCCAAUUUUUGCAAACAAGAUUUCAAAAAUGUAAAAAGAUGCAGACUGAAGUCAACUAGUUAUCUGAGACAUGUUAUGCAGGAGGUAAAGUUUAUUUCACAAUGAGGGCGUGCCUGUAUAAUUUGAGCAGAUAUCUUGCUAUUUUUCAUUUGAUACUGCGUAUUUGUUCUCAACAGAAGCUAGUGAGUCCUGUUCAUUGCACGGGGAUUUAAAAAUAAGCCGUACUGUUUAUGAUUAAAUAGUACUUGUUGGAGUUUUUUAUAUCAACUCUACAUAUACCAAUCUCAUGGAAAAGCAUUCUGAUUGGUCAAUUUGUUUUUCUAUCAUUGGUCCAUUAACUUUGGCUUUAGUUUAAUUCUCCCUCCUCAUUGGUUGAUAUCUUUGGUGGGUGGCAAAUUCUGAAUUUUUAUUGGUGGGUUUUAUUAUAUUUAUAUCAUUUUUCAUUCGUUCCCUCUUCGUUUUUCAAAUUUCAAAUCAAAGUUUCCAAUUUUCUUGCUAGCAAUAACUUUCAUUGUCAUCUCCAUUAUGGCCAUCAUCCCAUCCGAUUCCCCAUGCACUUUUCAGUUUCAAAUUUUAAAUUAAUGGUCUUCAAGUAAGCAUAGAAGACCCCACAUUCUCGAUCUCAUGGAAGAAUCUGGAGCGGAGAAAGUGCAGAUGCCAACUCAACUAGUCCAUCACUACCCCUUUCUUUCUUCCAGCCACUGUCGUCUACAUUUAUGGCAUUGACAGGUGGGGAAGACAAGCCCUCUUCCUUUGACUUCUCACCAGACAUCCUUCUCUUCAUCGAAUAUUGAGCCUGGCCAUAGAUGCCUGCUCCAUCCUCUUUUGAUUAGCGGUUUUUGUUCUCCAUUCUCAUCGUUGCCACUGGGUUGGUAAUGGGUGAGAGAUUCCCAUUAUUGCAUAUUUAUUUUCUAUAUUGGUUUUUUAUAUUCAUAAUUUUGACUUCAUCUUCCAUAAUUUCUUUUCCAUUACUUUUUUCCCCUGCUCAUCUUGUCCUCCCUGCUCAUCGUCAUAUCUCCAUUGUUUUACAGUGCUGCUAUUAUUACUGCUUGCUUUGAUGGAACUUGCAAGGUUUGUAUAUUCCACCCCUUCCCCAAUCAAAUUCGUUUCCUCUAUUUGUCCGUGAAUAGUCUCAUUGGUUUAAAUUUGAAAAUUUUCAUUAGCUUCUUGAUGGCUGUUCUUCUGCUUGAGAUUGCGGUUCGGGGUUGUACUAUUUCUCCUGCCGUCUUGGAUUCUCGGGUUCUAGGUGCAUAAGAUAGGCACGGAUUAAAUGAAUUUGAUUGGUUCUUUAAUUUAUCUCUGACUUUACGGCAUAGUUGAAGCUGACCUCGAGGCAUCUGUUGAGGUCAGUUUCUCAUUUUUAUUAUGUUCAGGUCCUUAUUUUUCUUCAUCCUUUAAUUGAUCUAGAAACUCAAGGAAGGGUCAGUGUUGUGUGGUUCUUUUUUUUUUUUUUUUUUUUAAUUCAGUGAGUUUGGUGGGCAAAACGAUAAAUGCAGCAAUGUACAUAGGUGGAAACUUUCAGGGAAAUUCUUGCUCCAACUGAUGGAAAUUCUUUAAAUGCAGUAAUAUAGUUCAUUGUUAAUUUAUAUAUAGUGGUGUUGAAAUUAAUUUGAUGAUAUUGGUUAUAUAAUUGUCUUUUAUCCACUAUCUUUUCACUGUAUAGGUUCUUAAAAGCAAGGAAAUUUGGUAUUGAAAAGGCAAAGUUGGAGGAAAGAUUUUGGUGCCGACACCAUUAGGGAGGUAAAAAUAGAUAUUAUGUGCAAAAUAUUUACUUGACUUCUGUCAAUAAAAAUUUAGGGGACAAGACUCUAACUUUCAGUGAAUGAUAUUUUCUGCACCCUUCAUGUUUAAUAUUUUGUUUUCUACACAUUUCAAACAUUAAAACAUGUUCUCAUAGAUGAGAAAAACAUGUUCAUGAUUUUCAACCAUUUUGUUUUGGAGAUCCUUAAAGUUAAGAGUUCCCAUCUUCAGUGCUAUCAAUGGACCCUGUGACUGGAGCUGUUUCAGCGGGAAAUACAAUUAGUAAGCAAGCAAUUCAUUUCAGAAAAGGAGUACACCCUGUCUCAACAGUUCUACUUAUAUUGCAAGUUAAGAUAUCUGUUAUAAUUGUUUCAAUGUGUUGCAGGUUAGGAUUCAUAGAUUUCUGGGAAAGACUAGAGGGCACAAGGGUAAGAAGACAGUGGCUGUGCUGAGGAUGGCCUUAACAAUGAUAAAGAAGAGAUAAGGAAACGUGUAAAUAGUUUGAUCAGGAGGAAAAGAGAGAGGAAUUUAGUCCUUGGGGGAGUGAUACCCAUGCAAAGGUUUGUGCCCAUGUCUGCGUGUCAUUAAUCAUUUUUUUUUUUUGGCUUUAAAACUGUAAUUUAAUUAGUGAACCUAAUGAAAUGUGCAGCUGGGAUGUGGAUUAAUACAAUUAUUAAUUAUUGAUUGA